AAAAUAAUUAGAAUGGGUCCAAAAGCUUUUAUGGACCUAUGUGCCAUGUUACAGAGUGAGGGUGGUCUUUUGCCAACACAACGUGUGUGUGUAGAGGAACAAGUGGCAAAAACUCUACAUAUCCUAACACAUGGUAUAAAAAGUCAAGUGGUUCAGUUUUGGUUUCAACGUUCUGGUGAAACUAUAAGUCGCCAUUUUCAUCGUGUGCUUAAAGCAAUUAUUGCUCUAGAGGGAAAGUAUCUCAAACAACCGGAUGGCUCACAGAUACCUUCAAGAAUACUAGGGAGCAGUCGAUUUUAUCCUUAUUUUGAGGAUUGUGUCGGGGCAAUCGAUUGUACCCAUGUUCGUGUAAGAGUGCCAUCAGCUGAUGCUCCUAGAUACCGAGGUAGGAAAGAAUUCCCAACACAAAAUGUGUUGGCUGCGUGCUCUUUUGACUUGCAGUUUACUUACGUUUUGGCCGGGUGGGAAGGAACUGCAUCAGAUUCAAGGAUUUUAAAAGAUGCAUUAAGUCGAACAAGCUGUUUGAAAAUACCAGAAGGUAAAUAUUACCUUCUUGAUGCUGGGUUUAUGCUAAGAAAGGGACUCAUUACACCAUUUAGAUCAACACGUUAUCACUUGAAGGAAUGGUCUUCAAGAAAUCCACCUCGAACAGCUCAAGAACUAUUCAACCACCGACAUGCAUCCUUGCGUAAUGCCAUAGAGAGAUGCUUUUGUAUUUGGAAGAAGAGAUUUCCUAUCAUUGCGACUGGAAGAGAAGCACACUAUGACGUGAAGACACAAAAUAGGAUUAUCAUAGCAUCAUGCAUUUUGCACAAUUAUCUCAUGGUAGCGGAUCCUGAUGAGGAGUUAAUGGCUGAAGUUGAUGCAGAAAUGACCAAUCAAAAUGAAGCUCAAAUUUCGAGUUAUGUGGAACACAACGAGAUUGAAGAACAUACUCAUCUAGGAGAGAACUUGAGAAAUGCUAUAGCUAAUUCUAUGUGGACAGAUUACACAUCGUGAUGUUUUUUUUUUUUUUUAAUUAGGAGUGAACCUUGGAAUUGUUCUAACUUCUAAGGUUGUUUCAAACUUGAAAGAUAUUUUGACUUGUUGAUUGAUAAUUAAAUGAUUGUCAUUGAUGCAUAGUUUAUUUUAAAUCAUAUGUUCUUAUCGAAGUUUUUCUUAGAACUAAUAUAAUGGAUUUAUAGAGAUGGAAAUGGAUGCUGCAACUGCCAGUUCUAAGGGUGUGAAGGCAACAGGAAAGAAGUACACGAUAGACAGGGAGAUAUGGACAACAGAUAUGGACAAUGAACUUGUUAAUUCAUUCCUACAACAACAUAAUGAAGGGAAUAGAGUGAGCGGGACAUUCACCACAAAGGCUUACAUGUCAAUCACUAGUGACUUGCAAAAUAAGUUCGGAAGACCUUUCAAGAAAGAUAAGGUGAAAGGGAGAUGGAAGUUAUUGAAAAGAAAUUUUACCAAGUGUUAUGAUUUAUUCAAAAAUCUCAGUGGCUUUGCUUGGGAUCCAAUCUCAAAACGUUGGUUGGCUGAACCUGAAGUCUGGAAAACACUGGUAGAGGUACAACC